GGCAUUUAUUUUACAGAUCCCUUGCCCCUCUACCUCCAGUGGUACACUCCGCUCUGGCGUGCUGCGCGUCCCCGAGCAACGCGCCGAAUGGUAAACACAGACUUCGCCGAGUGUGUGAGCCCACGAUUCCGGGGCUGUGCCGAUGUUGGUGAUGGCAUGGGAAGGAGAUUGCCAUUUGGAUAAUUCCUGUUCAGCUUAUUUCUUGGACUGUAUACCUGGUGAUCUGGAAUUACAUCAAGCUAUUAGUGACAUUGAUGAGAGACUGAAGAAGAAUGCAAUUUGUAUUGAGGAGACUGUGAAGGAACUGCAGUCAGAUUUUGAUAAGCUCUCUGCAGAUCAGAAGCUGCAGAAUACUGACAGCUUGCAAUGGUUAAACAGUUCCAAUACUUCCUCUACCAAACUGUUCACAACUCCACGUAAUCAAUUGACAGAAUUUCUGAAAGCACUGCUUCAUUUUCUGAAAACUGAGAAAGGUCUGGAGGAAAUGAUCUUUCAGCUGCUUUUGGAGCUCUCUGAUGAGUGUGGUGUAGUCUUUCCACUGACUUCAUGUGGAGCAUCAUUUCACCUUCCUUCCACAACGUCAAUUCAUGCUGUUGAAGACAGUGGUUUUCUUGAUGCCCUGUCCUUGUGGGAUGAUGUGAGAUUGUAUCUUCGUCGGUUCAUCUUUGAUAAGCUUCAAAAUUGUCAAGAAAUAACUGAUAUGCUUACAGCCUUUCAACUCAAAACUCAGUGUCUUCGACAACUUCUAUUUUUGUAUCCAGAAACAGAAAUUAUAACCAGAUAUCAAAAUAUCCAGUUCCAGUCUGUACAAGAUCUGCUACAGAAUAAAGUCUUGAUCAACGGCAAUGAGAUCAGUUUUGAAAAAAUGGUUCAUGGAUUUGAAAACAUCAUUCCUUCGUUAUUAAACAUGAUGAGACAAGAUUUAUAUGCUUUACGAACACUUGUGGAGGAGUCUAAAGUACUGAAAUUUAUUAAUGAAACAUACCUACAAAAUAUUGCAAGCGAACUUUACAUUUUGAUUGACAAGUUUUGUGAACAGCAGUUGAAGAAAAAUGCACUACAUUCGACAAAGCUACAUGGAACAAAGGCAAACAAAUGUUUAAACAAGCAAAAGGGAACAGUACACUCUGUGGUUACCAAGGAACAGACUAAGCAGAUAAAGAACUUAGAUCUCACCGCACAUCAGCUUAGAAAUCUUUCCCAACUGUUAAAAAUUCUUCUUCAUAUGGAACAAAGAAUGAAGGAAGUCCUUUCAGAGGUCUUUUUGGAAAACACUUUUAAACAGCAAGACAGAGAAGUUCAAGGAGUACUAAAGAAAGCCACAACAAACUCUGAUAUACCAUCAGAUAUGAAUAAAACCAGCACCCAAGAUGAGCAGCUACUGCCUGUGAAUGAGUGUGUUUCUCUUGAGUGUUCCUGGAGAAAUGCUUUCAAGGGUUUGGCACAUUCUGCAGCCCACUCUGUAAAGACUGUAAUUGAAGACGCAUGUUCAAACUGCCUUCAGCAAGAAGCAAACCUGUACAGUUCAGGUAAAAGCUUAGCAAUGUGUACACAAUCAGUGGAAACUACUUGUAACGAAUGGAUGGAGAAAGAACAACCUAAAAAAGUGGCAAAGUUUUGUUCUGACAUCAUGAUAGAAAUUGACAUGUUACUUCCAUUGGCUCUGGCAAGUAGUGAAAACUUUCUUCGAGACAAUAGGAAAAACUUCGUGGAUAGCUGUUCCAAAGUAGCUGCCGAUGUCUUGUUUCGACUUGAAGAGAGAAGCAAAGAUGUCCCUCAUAAAGUUCCAGUACAAAAUAUGUAUAUUAUCCUCUCCACAGCAAUACUUGUUCACAAUUUGUUAACCAAAUAUGAAAACGUGCUGAAAGAAACGAGCCAAAGGUCUUUAUUCUUGAUACCAAUUCAGCAGUAUCAGGAAUUCAUCAGAAUUAUUCAAUUUCAAAUAACAAGCUACAACAUUAGAAUUUGUGCCACAAAUAUUUUGCAAGAUGCACAGAGCCACCACUGGGAAGACUCCAAAUCUUUUUAUGAGGGGGAGAGAUGUUCUUUUUCUGUUCAAAUGUGGCAUUACCACUGCUGUGCUCUCCGUUGUGAUCUCUGGACUGUGGUUCCCUCUAAGGUAGCUCAGCAGCUCCUCGCUGAGGUGUUAAGUGAAACCUUAGCUAUUCUGGCUUCCAGAUACUCUCAGUGUCAUCCUACAUAUAAGAGAAUGGCAUUGAUAAGAAUUGACAUUACAGCCAUACUUCUUUGUACUGAGAACCUUUUAUGGUCAGUCUGCCAUUCAGCCAAGGAAUUGUUUCAACCUUUGGAGGAUGUGCCUCACUGGAUUCUGAAUAUUCAUAACCAUUGCAAUGCCCUUCUGGCUGUUCUAGCUGUUUUGACAUCACCACUUGACAAGCUUUAUGAAGUAUUUUGUGAUGGAUUCUGUGAAUACAGUUCUGAACCACAGUUAAAGCCAGUGAAUAGUGGCUUACUCGAAUGGUUACAUUGGAUUCAACCCUCUUUUUCAUAUGAAUCACCCAGCUCACCAUCAUGUGAUAAAAUAUCUGUUCAGCAGCAUCUGGCUUUGUUAUUAGCACAACCCAGCUGUGAUUUGAACUUACUUCUGCAAAUACUUGUAUUUCACGAUUGUUUGGUACCUCGGAUUCUGCUGAAUAAUAGCUCUAUUGAUCAAGAGAAUUUUUAUGACAAAUAUGUAAAAGAAAAAGAUAGUGAUCAACAAGCAGCCUUGAUAGAAGCAAUUGUGAUGGUAAUUACACACUGCAAGUUAUUGCCCAGAGGUCUUGGAGUUGUUCUUGAAGACUACAUGGAAAAACAUCAGCUGCAGAAUAAAUUGUGCUCCUUAUCAGUUGAAGACGAAUCGGUUGUUCCAAGGUGCCUGCAUUUGUUUGUAUCCAAAGCAAUCAAGGAAACUUUAAGGCAUGUCAUCUCCUUGCUGCAUAUGUGGCAAGCACUGGAAAAUUCUGGCAAAUGCCUUAAACAAGUCCUUCCUGAGAAUUUACUCAGUAAAAUACCAAAAGAGUGGGAUUAUAUGCCAAGAGAAUUUAAAAGAAGAGAAUACAGAAAAAAUUUUACAAAACUUGCUGCUCACGUUUUCUCAGUUUUAAUUGAUAACCUACCUGCAAUGAUUUCUUCAUUGCCUUCAACAAUUAAGUACCUCUUCACUUUGGUACAAAGAAAAUUUCCAAACAAUAUUCCUGAGCUCAGAAAUUCAUACCUUCUUUGGCAUGUUAUUACAAUUAUUUGCAGAACACUAGAAGAUGGAAAUGCCAUGGAAUUGUUGUCAGGUGUUACUAUAGAUAGAUGGACUAAAGAGAAACUGGAGUUGAUGAGUGACUGUCUGCUAAGCAUUGUGGGCCAGCAAAAGGACAAUCCCAAACCAGUAAUACAGAAGGUCAUCAACUGUCUGGAAAAACAAAGACCCAAAUGGAUUGAAGUUCAACUGCAAAAUGCAAAACAGUUCUGUUCAGAAAGUGCAUUUCUCACAGACGAAGGUUCCAAUGCACAACAGAAAUGCAGUUGGGCUGAACUGACUGAGCAGAAAAUACAUUUGAUGCUGUUGGAUAUCUGCCACCAACCAGGUGGCAAUGAAUACCUAAGGCAAAUUUAUCACAUCAUCCAACUCAAUGAGGAUUGGUUGAAGGAACAAAUUUAUUCUCAUGGUUUUCCACAUGAAAGUAUGACAACACAGAGGCCUAGUCAUCUUGUUUUGCAUGGGGUUCGGCAGCAUUUGAUGUUUAAUCCUUUGCAUAUCUUCAACCAUAUUGGCUCCAUGAACUUUAACCAGUCAACUAUAACUGAAUGGAACUGGGAUUGGUCAAAAGUUCUACAUAGUAAUCCGGGACUCAGUCAAUUGACCUUCAGGACGCUGCUAGCAAACAGAUGGGAAAUGCAAGCAGACUCAAGCCUUGAAGCUGAAGAAAAGGAUAUGGUAGAUCACCUACAAAAGAAAUAUUUUACUGAGAACAAAGAAAUUUAGUAUGACAAUAAAACUAACCAAUAAUAUGUAACUGGUUCAAUUCUGCUUUCCUUUUUUUCUGUCAAUUGGAAUUUUUAAAUGUCUUUCGGAAAAGUUUAAAACAUUACAAAAACAUACACAAUUAUAUUCAUAACUAAGCUUACACUAUUUUCUGAGGAAAUUGUUCUUUAAUGCCUGUAUCAUAAAAGCAAGUAAUGUGAAGUUAAAUUGGAAUUGGAUUGUUUUUCUGAAAAUAAAUUAGUUAGAUUUGUGGCAUUGGGUGAGAAUUACAUUAUUUAUCUCUUACCCCGAGGCUUCAGGUAUUUAAGUAGUAUACGGAAAUGCCAGAUAGCUGUGGUUUGGACAUGCCCUUCAAGGAAAGAUAAACCAAUCCUAUUUACUGCUCCAAAUAACCAAUAGCCCUUGCAAAAUUGUGAAUGUUUUUGUUCAGGUUUUGUAAUUCCUGUAAUUUGUAAUAAAUCAUUGUGCACAUAUUAAAAUUUGCCUCAUAUAAGUAUCACUCCUUGGAUUUUAAUAAUAAACAGACAUUUUAUAAAGGCAUGGUCUGCACUCCUUCUGUAAUGGUGGACAUUCAAUGUCAGUGAAAAGUGUGAUAAUUUAUCAGUGAUCAUUACAGACUAUAUUAACAGCUGUGGAUAACUAUGUGAACAUGAUAUGAGUGAUAGAGGCAUCAAUGAGAACUGUUGAAUUAAGAAUACCUGCAUUUAUUGUGCUAAUCAGUUCUCAGUCUGCAACCCCAAGCUUCCAUCGUUUUGGUCCUAUGUCCAACUUCUGUUUGGAGCUCUCUGUCCCUGUCUGCCUACACUUUUCUAACAAAGCUCUCCAGGAGAUCGAUAGCAUCUCAGCUUUCAUCAUGCAAAUUUUAAAGCAAGUUGAUAAACAAGUGGGUUUCACACAGGCUAUUGGUUGUGAUUUUGUUUUUAGUAGCUUCAUAGUUUCAAGCAAGGCACAUGAAGGCACACACUAGCGGGUGCCAAGAUUAUAGCUAUAACCUUAAUAGAAAUUAAAUCUUACUCUUUUACUGUGAGGUACUUAAGGCUGUUAUAAUCGGGGAGGUAGUUGGGAUAAACUCCCACUUCCUCAUAAAUGCUCUCAUUUGUGUGUGUCUCAAAUAGCCUUUGACAGCCAAGUCCAGCUCCUGGCCUUCAGGUGUGGUGGAACCAUUUCUACUGACAGGAGAAGGAACAAAGACAGGUUACUAGUGUCUUAAAACAGUCUCUUUAAGCAAAUGGGGCUUAUCGGGCACAGUUGGUAACUGAUCUAAGAGAAGGAAAACUAAUGUCAAACUUUCGCUGCCUUGUAGCUAUACCCACUCAUGAGAAAGGCUUCCGAAGUAAAUCCUGAGGAAAAAUCCAGAGCUGGAGUCCCUAAGGCAAAGCUAUGUUGAAUUCAAUGCUGACUGACAACUUCCUGCAAUGCUGCUGGUGUCAAACUGUAUCGGUCUCAGCCGUUUCUUUGGAUUCAUCAGCUGAAUGGAAGGGGAACCUGCUCCAUGGGCAACAGCUUGUUCUCCAUAUUGUACUGGCCUGGCUUGCAUAUCAUGUAGACAGCUAGGAUGCAACAUCCAUGGUCGACCGCAUCCAGUGGAGGGCCUGCUGCUCUGUGAAUGUACUCUCCUUCCUGGAACCACAAUUCUUUCCUCUUUGCUCCACAUGUUUAUCUCUGAUCAUGUGGAUUUAAGUAAAUGCUGUUCUCCUCCUUUCUCUGUUACUGCUUGUUCUAACGUUAUUAGACCAUAAGCUCAGAAGACAUAACAUAGGAGCAGAAUCAGGCCAUUCAGCCCCUCGAGUGUUCUACCAUUCCAUCGUGGCUGCUUUAUUUUCCCUUUCGACACUAUUCCCCUGCCUACUCUAUUCUAUUUAAUUUAAUCACCUGAUAUUGCCUGUUAAGAUCAUUUUUACAAAAAAACAAGGACUUCCUUCUUUUGAUAUUCUGCAGAAAUUAGCAGAUUGUCAAAUUGUAUGAUGUUGCAACACUUUCUAUUUUUAGAAUUUAAUUUUUAAUGGAUGGCCCCACUAAGCAAUUUCCCUGCCCAAAGCGCUGAUUAAUAAAACUUGAUAAAUGUUGUCUCCUGCAACUGUAAAUAGACAGUGGAAUACAGUAGUGGGGUUUUUGACAGACCAGGGCAUGGUCUAUGUUUGUAGCUUGGAGUCCAUUUUCUUUCGAAGCACUUACUGAAGGUUAAUUACACCCAAAUUAGAAUAUUUGACUGUUUAUCCAUCCUAAGUAUUAUUCUUCAGUAAAUAUAUACAGAUCUUUCUGGGAUAAUUACCAAAGACCCAGUAAUGGAUUUUAGCUUGGAAUACUUAUGGCUUAAUUAGCUUAGAAUUUUGCAGUUACAAUGAAAGCAAAGCUGUUAGUGCACUCUGUCACUUGUGUAUAAAAAUGACAGCAAUUUUCAGUGACUGUGAAUACAUAAUUAAAUAUGCAAGUCUGCAUGUUGCUGUUAGUGUUACCCUUUCCCUCCACAGAGCUGCAGUUUUUCUUAGUCUAAUCCAUGCAAUAUUUGCGAGUUAAUAUAAAUUUCCAAACUUUACACACUGCGUUAUCCCAACCAGUAGCACUGAUAGCUACAAAGAACUGCUUUCAGAGGUUUAACUUGACUGGAAUUAAUACCUGCCUGAGCAAGGACCUGCAUUCUCUGUACUUUGCUUAGCAGCACAACACAUCUACAGUGGACACAAUCUCACUGUCUCUCCAUUGGGCUUUGGACCUCGCAGACAACAGCAAUACAUUCAUCAGACUGCUGUUUAUCAAUGACAGCUCAGCAGUCAGCACCAUCAUCCCCACAGUACUUUCAAAGAGAUUCAAGCUUGGGCCUUGGUACCUCCCUCUGCAACUGGAUGCUUUACUUUCUCAUUGGGAGACUACAGACAGAGAAGAAGGAUGCUUAAGUGAGAACGCUGUUUUUGGACUACAGUUCUGCAUUCAGCUCCAUAAUUCUUACUAUCUCUUCUUUCAAUUAGUCUUGACAAAGGGUCUCGGCCCGAAACGUUGACUGUACUUCUCCCUAUAGAUGCUGCCUGUCCUGCUGUGUUCCACCAGCAGUUUGUGUGUGUUGCUAGAAUUUCCAGCAUCUGCAGAUUUUCUCGUGUUUCCAUAAUUCCCUACAGGCUUGACAAGAAGAUCAGAGACCUCAGCCUUCACCCUGCCUUGUGUAGCUGGAUUCUGGACUUCCUGUCAGAUUGCCGGCAGGUGGUAAGAGUGGGCUCCCUCACUUCUGCUCCUCUGGCCCUCAACAUAGGUGCCCCUCGGGGCAAUGUCCUAAGCCCCCUCCUUUACUCUUUGUAUACCCAUGACUGUGUUGCCACCCACUGCUCCAAUCUGCUAAUUAAAUUUGCUGACAAUACUACACUGAUUGGCCUUAUCACAAAUAAUGAGACAGCCCAUAGAGAAGAAAUCAUCACCCUGACACAGUGGCGUCAAGGAAACAACCUCUCCCUCAAGUUGCAAAAACAAAGGAGCUGGUUGUGAAGGAAUAGAGACAGGCUAACCCCUAAAAACAUCAAUGGAUCUGGGGUUGAGAGAGAGAUCAGCUUUAAAUUCCUUGGUACACAUGUCACUGAGGAUCUCACGUGGUCUGUACAUACUGGCUGUGUAGUGAAAAAAGCACAACGGACCUCUUUCACCUCAGACGGUUGAAGAAGUUUGGUACGGGCCCCCAAAUCAUAAGAACUUUCUACAGGGGCACAAUUGAGAGCAUCCUGACUGGCUGCAGCACUGCCUGAUAUGGGAACUGUACCUCCCUCAAUCGCAGGACUCUGCAGAGAGUGGUGCGGACAGCCCAAUGCAUCUGUAGAUGUGAACUUCCCACUAUUCAAGACAUUGACAAUGACAGCUAUGUAAAAAGGGCCCUAAGGAUCAUUGGGGACCCCAAUCACAAACUGUUCCAGCUGCCACCAUCCGGGAAACAGUACCACAGCAUAAAAGCCCGGACCAACAGGCUCCAGGACAGCUUUCUCCACCAGGCCAUUAGACUGAUUAAUUCAUGCUGAUACAAUUGUAUUUCUAUGUUAUAUUGACUAUCCUGUUGUACAUAGUAUUUAUUAUAAAUUACACAUUUAGACGGAGACGUAAAGAUUUUUACUCUUCAUGUAUAUGAAGGAUGUAAGUAAUAAAGCCAAUUCAAUUCAAUUCAGAUGGUAUGGUUUGGUGAUAAUAUUUCCUCCU